AUGUCGUCGGAAGUUAAAUCUGUUGCUGCAAAAGGCACACUUGCAAAAGCCAAAGUAACAGCUGCUCUAGAUAUUGAGGGCAACGUCCCAUUAGAGUCUGUUCAACUUGAUGGACUAGUCGUUCUCAAGAUCAUUAAACAUUGUCAUGAAUUUUUUCCAAAUCCUGUAACCGGACAACUUCUUGGUCUUGAUGUUGAUCGUGUACUGGAAGUAACAAAUAGUUUUCCAUUUCCUGGAGCAAAAACUGACGAUGAGCAUGAACUAGUCGAUGCUGCCAAAUAUCAAGUCGAAAUGAUGAGAUGUCUUCAUGAUGUAAAUAUAGAUCACAAUACUGUUGGAUGGUAUCAAUCAACAUAUCUUGGAUCUUUUGUAACUCAUAAAUUGGUGGAGACACAAUUCACUCAGCAGUCACUUAAUAAUAAAAGUGUUGUUAUUAUACAUGAUGUUUCACAGUCAAAAAGCGGAAAUUUGGCACUUUCGGCUUAUAGGUUUACACAAGCAUUUAUGGAGGCUCACAAAGAAGGAAAAUUUACAUCAGAAUCACUUGUAAAAAAUAAAUUAACAUUUUCAAAGAUUUUUGAAGAAUUGCCAAUCAUAAUCAAGAAUUCACAUUUGGUCACUGCACUUUUACAUUCUUUGGAUGAUUUUGAAAAUGUUAUACCAAAAACUUAUCCCAUCAGUAUAGACAAAGAAUCUGUUAUUGGUCCUUUAACACCUAAUUUUGAAACACUGGAAUUAAGUCUUGAUCCUUACAUGGAAAAAAAUUUGGAAUUCUUGUUGAAAUCAAUUGAAGAUAAUAAUUAUGAACAAAAUAAUCUUGCUUUUUGGCAAAAAAGUGUUACAAAAGCACAAUCUGCUUUACAAAAACGAAAACAAGAUAAUGAAGCACGUAAGGAAUCAGGAUUGGAUCCUUUACCAGAAGAUGAUAUUUUGAAAAUGUAUAAAAUACCACCAGAACCAUCAAGGCUUGACUCUUUAUUAAUAUCAUCACAAAUUAAUAAUUAUUGCAAACAAUUAAAUCAACAUGCUGGUCCAACUCUUAGUAAAUUAUUCGUUGCAAAAGAAUUACAAAAAUAA